CCGACAUCGCACCGACACGCAUCUCACCACAAACCACCGCAGGCAAAAACUAACACGAUGGCCACUACCAUGAACGCCAUCGCCGACGCGAUCCAGCCAUCCGCCCUCGAGGCGCUGCUCACGCAGACCCUGGCCGACGAGGCCGGUUUGAACGACGUGGCGGAGGGCUUCAAGCCCAUCCUCGCCUACGUCGCGUCCCUCGCGUCGAACCAGUGCGUCGCCGAGACCUUCCACAUGUUCGAGUGGGAGAAGACCUGCAAGGCCUACCUCGCGCCCAUCCUCGCCGACGAGGAGAAGUGCGCCGCGGUCACGAAGAAGUUCAUGGACGAGUCCGAGAAGCGCGUGCCCAAGCGCGAGGUCGAGCUCGACAUCCCCGAGGGCGAGGGCGAGAUCUUGUGUAAUGUCGAGUUCAAGCUCGCCUACGGCGGCAAGAUCCUGCUCAACACGACGCACUUCCACGUGCGCCGCGGCCGCAUCUACGGCCUCCUCGGCCACAACGGCUGCGGCAAGUCCACGCUCAUGCGCGCCAUCUCGUCGGGUGCCCUCGCGGGCUUCCCCGGCGCCGAGGAGCUCAUGAAGCUCCGCGCCUGCUUCGUCGACCACGACAUCGACGGCUCGGACGCGAACACGCCGACGAUCGACUUCUGCCUCCAGGAGCCGGUCCUCGCGCCGCUCGGCCGCGAGAAGAUCCGCGAGAAGCUCCUCGAGAUGGAGUUCACGGAGGAGCUCAUCAACAAGCCCAUCUGCAACCUGUCGGGCGGCUGGAAGAUGAAGCUCGCGCUCGCGCGCGCCGUCCUCCUGAACGCCGAUCUCCUGCUCCUCGACGAGCCGACGAACCACCUGGACGUCCAGAAGCAGCAGUGGCUCUGCGACUUCCUCACGGGCCCGCAGUGCGAGCACGUCACGACGCUCGUCGUGUCGCACGACUCCAAGUUCCUCAACAAGGUGCUCUCGGACGUGAUCCACUACGAGAACAUGCGCCUCAAGCGCUACACGGGCAACCUCGACCAGUUCGUCGAGCAGUGCCCCAUGGCCAAGGCCUACUUCUCGAUCCACGACACGGAGAUGAAGUUCACGUUCCCCGUGCCGGGCCCGCUCGAGGGCGUCAAGUCGCGCACCAAGGCCAUCCUCCAGGCCAAGAACAUCACGUUCACCUACCCGACGUACCGCGACCGCGUCCUUUACCUUCUUCGAAGACCGAUUGGCGCAACGGUAGCGCGUCAGAUUCCAGUCCUGAAGGUUACGUGUUCGAAUCACGUAUCGGUCACUUGUUCGACGUCGCGUCGAUGGCGUGGCGGAGGCGUAGCAUUCCGCUUCCCUCGAGAGUACGAACGCGCGUCGACGGUACGUUCCCCCGCAGGCCCGAGGAGAAGGCCCUGGGCCCGUCGUGCAAGACGCGCUCCGGCAAGCCGACGCUCGAGGACGUCUCCGUUCAGGUGUCGCAGGCGUCGCGCAUCGCGUGCAUCGGCCCGAACGGCGCGGGCAAGUCGACGCUCAUCAAGGUGCUCGUCGGCGAGACGAAGCCCGACGAGGGCUGCCCCGAGGUCUACCGCCACCAGAACUGCCGCAUCGCCUACGUGGCGCAGCACGCGUUCCACCACAUCGAGCAGCACCUCGAGAUGUCGCCCGUCGAGUACAUCCAGUGGCGCUUCUCCGGCGGCCUCGACAAGGAGCAGCAGGCCAUGGAGGCGGCCCAGAUGUCCGAGGAGGAAAAGGCCCAGCUCAAGCAGCCCUUCAUCGUCUACCUCAAGGAGCUCGCCGCCGAGCUCGACGAGGCCGGCAACGCGACGGGCGAGCGCGAGAUCAUCUUCGAGAAGAUGGAGCCGCUCAAGAAGGGCCAGAAGCCGCCGCCGGUCGACCCGGUCAACGGCAUCUUCCCGAACUGCGUGCGCACGAUCAAGCAGCUCAUCGGCCGCCGCACGCGCCACGGCGACUACGAGUACGAGGUCAAGUGGGGCGACAAGGAGAUGGUCUCCAUGGACCCGAAGAACAACCUCUACGUGCCCAAGGUCGUGCUCGAGACGCACGGCUUCCACAAGCUCAUGAAGGCGAUCGACGACAAGAUCGCCGCCGAGGCCGGCAACGUCAAGCCGCUCACGACGACGGCGAUCCAGAGGCAUUUGGACGACUUCGGCCUGCACGAGGAGUUCGGCACCUACGGCAAGAUGAAGAACCUGUCGGGCGGCCAGAAGGUGAAGUGCGUCAUCGGCGCGUCCAUGUGGUUCUGCCCGCACAUCGUCGUGCUCGACGAGCCGACGAACUACCUCGACCGCGACUCGCUCGGCGCCCUCUCGCGCGCCAUCAAGGAGUUCCAGGGCGGCGUGCUCAUGAUCUCGCACAAUGCCGAGUUCUUCGGCGACAUCGCGCCCGAGGUCUGGGAGGUGCCCGGCGACCAGAAGGUUCAUGUGUCCGGCGCCGAGUGGAUGGAGGCCGUUAAGGCGAAGGAAUUAGCCGAGGCCAAGGCCAAGAAGAAGUCGAUCCCGAAGCAGGACGACGACAAGUUUGACGCGCUCGGCAACAAGAUCGAGACGGCCGUGGCGGCCGCGGACAUCGACCGCGACUACGUACCGCGACCGCGUCCUUUAUAUUUUCAACUCCGUGGCGCAAUGGAUAGCGUAUCAGACUUCGAAUCUGGGGGUUGCGGGUUCGAGUCCCGUCGGAGUUGACCGCGGAGGAGUCCGCCGACGGAUGUUGUGGCCGAGUGGUCUAAACCCUGCGUGGGUGACCAGAGGCGCUGGUUUUAGGCACCAGUCUUCGGGCGUGGGUUCGAACCCCACCAACAUCAUGGCGGCUCCUCCUUCGACCGAUUGGCGCAACGGUAGCGCGUCAGAUUCCAGUCCUGAAGGUUACGUGUUCGAAUCACGUAUCGGUCAUUCAUGAACGCGUGUCGACGGUACGACCCCUCCGCAGGUCAAGAAAUUGACGAAGCAGCUCAAGGCGCUCAAGGAGCGCGUCAAGAAGGGCGACGCUUCUGCUGAGGAUGAAAUGUAUGAAGUAGAGGAGGCCUUGGACAAGGCCAACGCGAUCCUCAAGAAAGAGAAGGAGGCCGCGAAAAAAGAAAAGGAGGCCGCGAAGGCCCUGGCCAAGGCCGCCAAGGCCAAGGAGAAGAAGUCGAAGAAGUAGACGCCUUCGGCGGCGAAGUCGGGGGAGUAGACGCCUCCGGCGGCGGUUGUCGCGCCCCGACCACACGGGUCGUCGCGUCGGUCGCCUAUUCAAGUUUUAGUCCCCCCGCACGUAUCCCCUGUGAUAAACCUUGAACUAAA